AUGGCAAAGAAGAAAGCAUCCACUGCUGCAACUUCAUCUGGUGGCAAAUCAGCCGCAAAAGCCGCUAAAAAGGCAAAAGCUGCCGCAAAGGUCGAGAGAAAGGAAGCAAAAAAGGUCAAAGCCACCAAAGGAAAGGGUAAAGGCAACGCCGAAGACGAAGAUGAUCAGGAUCUAGAAGGAAUCCUCGAGCGAAUGCGCAAGGAGUGGGAACUCGCUCAUACUGUCACAGAAGAGACUGCAGAUGGUCCUCCGAGCCAGCGAGCAAAUGCGACCCUGACGCCAUGUCCGAAUGGAAAUCAUCUCUGGUGCAUUGGAGGCGAAUACUUUAGCGACGAUGGCAAAGCGUAUUUUUACAACGAUGUCUAUCGAUAUUCGCCUGACAAGGAUGAAUGGCGAAAGUUUGCUUCACCUACGUGCCCAGGUCCCAGAUCAGCCCACGCCGUCGUCGCGACGCCAGCAGGAGGAGGCAAGCUUUUCUUGUUCGGCGGCGAGUUUUCCUCUCUAUACCAAAAUUCGUUCCAUCACUAUCGAGACUUUUGGGUCUUUGACAUUCAAACUCAUCUCUGGGAUCGUAUUGAGACCAAAGUCCGACCACAUGGACGGUCAGGACAUCGAAUGAUCAUGUGGAAGCACUAUAUAGUCCUCUUCGGCGGAUUUAUCGACCCAGGUGUUCGAACCAACUACCUCCAGGAUUUAUGGGUGUUUGACACUCAGGAAUACAAAUGGCAGCAAGUCGAAUUCAAAGACAAUGAGAGGAAACCAAGCCCACGGUCGGGAUUCUCGUUUCUACCAGUUCCUGAGGGCGCGAUUCUGCAUGGCAAGUCGAGCAUCUGA